AUGAGUAAUAAUAACUACCCACCUCCUCCAAACCCACCUAAUUACCAGGGAGAGGAACAGGUGCACAAUGUCCAACCAGACUUAGAGAACAACCAGGAAAAAUAUUAUGCGGAACAACCACAACCAUCACAACAGUUUGAGGAGUCGUUUAAGAUUGAUAAACCUAAAUGGAACGAUUGGCCAUUUACCGUGUUUUUUUUGUUAACAGUGGCUGGUUUUAUUGCCAUUGCCGGGAUUACUUUGAAUGCUUUGAAGAAAACGUAUGGGUUGCAGGGGUCUUCAAUUUAUAAUUCUACUGACACGUUUACUUUGAACACCAAUACAAUUAUCUUGUUCGGGUUCAUUAUUGUUGUUGGGGUGGUCUUAUCGGUAUUGAUUAUAGUAUAUGCUAGAAUGGCACCUCGGGUUUUCAUUACCACCGGGUUAAUCUUGAAUAUUAUUCUUGGAUUGGGUACAUGUAUUUACUAUUUCGUGGCCCACUAUUACUCGGCUGCGAUUGUGUUUUUGGUAUUUACCUUGUUUACGGCCUGGUGCUACUGGUCCUGUAGACAUAGAAUUCCUUUCAGUGCCACUGUUUUGGAGAUUACCAUUGAUGUAAUGAAACGGUAUCCAUCGACCUUGAUAACUUCCUUUAUUGGUAUUAUUGUAUCAGGGUUAUUCAGUACGUUAUUUUCAGUUGUUAUUGUUGCUACUUACGUCAAGUACGAUCCAGAUUCGCAGGGAUGUGAUGUUGCUGGAGGGGGUUGUUCCCAGUCCAAAUUGAUCGGGGUAUUGGUGUUUGUGUUUUUCGCCGGUUACUACAUUUCUGAAGUCAUAAAGAACGUCAUACACAUAACCAUUGCUGGUAUAUAUGGUACUUGGUACUAUUUGUCUAACUCUGACCAGGGUGAACCUAAGCACCCAGCCUUGGGAGCAUUCAAGAGAGCAAUGACUUAUUGUUUUGGUUCCGUUUGUUUUGGUUCUUUAAUUGUGUCUAUUAUUCAAUUGAUUAGAUCUUUUGUUCAGAUUUUGAAACAAAACGCGUUCGGCUCUGGUGACAACUGUGCUGGCUGCGGAUUCUUGAUCUUGGACUUUGUUCUUGGUUUCAUUGACUGGAUUGUCCGUUAUUUCAACCACUAUGCCUACUGUUACGUUGCCUUGUACGGUAAGUCUUACCUUAAAUCUGCUAGAGAUACUUUCGACUUGAUCAGAUUCAAGGGUAUGGAUGCCUUAAUCAACGAUUGUUUCAUUAACACCUCGUUGAAUUUGUACUCCAUGUUUGUCGGUUAUGUCGUCGCUUUACUCGCAUAUUUCUACUUGAAGUUCACCGAUCCUGCUUACAAUUCUAGUGGUACUUUCUACGCUCCAGUUGUCGCCUUCUCCUUCUUGAUUUCCGGUCAAAUUACUCGUAUUGCUUUAACAGUCAUCCUGUCUGGUAUUUCCACUUUCUUCGUUGCCUUAGCUAAGGACCCAGAAGUUUUCCAGAUGACCAAUAGAGAUAGAUUUGAUGAAAUUUUCAGAAACUAUCCACAAGUUUUACAAAAAAUUACUUCCGAUCACUAA